AUGGAUAUCUCUUUUGAACAGAAUAUUUGCCUCAUCAUACCAACGAUAGUUUCAUUAUCUCUUGAACAUCUGUCUAUUGUGGGUAGCCGUUGCUACUUCGAUCAUCUAGCUCAUCUGUAUGAACAUACUCCUCGUUUACAAUAUCUCAACGUGGAUAUUUGGGACUCUGAUGACGAUGAUCCUCAACUCCCAUUUGCGGUUCUGUCAAUGAUUACAUUGAAAUUUGCAUGUCAAACCUCAGCAAGGCUAGUAACUUCUCUUUUGCAAAAGACGCCCAGUUUGAAUCAUUUGACAGUUGAAACAAAAGGCAUUAGUAUGGAUGGGCAACUAUGGGAACUAACCAUAGUUAAUUAUUUGCCGAAGCUAAAAGUGUUUCAACUUAAAAUGCAGUUGGAAUUUAUUAAUCAUGACAAUAUGGAACAACAAAUCGAGCAAUUACUUGACUCAUAUCGAAGUCAAUUUUGGCUCAAGGAACAUAAAUGGUUUGUUCAAUGCUAUUGGAAUCCAGAGGACGAUGCUGGUUCUGUUUAUCUACAUACGUUACCAUAUGGCUUUGAUGAUUUUGAUCUUAAUAUUCAUGAUGGUAGCCUCGUAUUCAAAUCGACUACUCCUCGUGAUGAUGAUUAUUGCUCGUAUAGUCGUGUGCGUAAUCUCUAUUAUUGUUAUUAUUCAACCGAAAACACAAUUUUUGCUUGCAUUCACUUUUCCAAUAUUCGCCACAUAACGUUAACGCUUCCCUAUAAUGAUCAUCUUCAAUCUGCAGUACCUCGACUCUAUAAUUUGGUUUCUCUCGACGUACGAAUGAACACUUGGUGCCCCCAUGAUAAUGAUCUACCUCAGCUACAAGCUGUGCUCGAUCGAGCACCUCGUCUCUAUUCACUGAAAUUCGGCUCCUGGGCGUCAUCAGCUUCACAAACCAAACAGGCAAACAAGCUGCUAAACCCGCUAGGCAUAGAAGCCAGAGUUGCGAUACAAGUCUAG